UGCCCGACCGCAGAAACGGCGACGAGGGCACGCAUCAGGGACCCUCUCUGGUUCCUGCCGCACACACUUUCUCAGGCCAGCUUGCAGUUACACUCUGGGCAUGGGACACUGUAGAAGGGCUUGAGGAAACUGUUGCUACCUCGGUGAGAGGGCAAUGCAGGGACCAGAGGUUGGAUGGAGCCUGGCCGCACCCACGUGAUGCACCGGUUGGGGGUCCUGGUCAUGAUGGGAGGCUGGGGCUGGGAGUCCAGACCACUUUUGGUCCCUACUGUGCCGAGUUCGAACCUGACACUAGGCUUUUCCGCCUGGGAACCGACACUCCUAGAGCUGAGCCCUGGGAUCUUGAGCACAAGGGAAAGUCGCUGCGUCUCUCACCCCGCCUCGAUUGCCCGUUACAACGUAGGGAAACACACUGGGUGAUCUCUCAGGUCGCCGAGGGCUAUGGGACACGGAUCCGCACCGGCGGCUGGGGCCACUCGGAGCCGAGCCACAUCGGGUCCCCGGCCCCCAGACGGGCCGUCCUGGGCCGGCGGGGUCGAGGUGGCCGCGCGGGGACGCUCUCGUGGCGCCUCUCCGUCCGGGGUGGCCCCGCCGCCCCGCCCUGGUAUGAUAACUAGGGCUCCUCCUCCUCGUCGUCUUCCUCCCCCUGCCGGUCACAACUCCGGGAACCCAGCCCAAGCCCUGCCUCCCGGACACACACCGAGGCUCACGUAGUCUGGUGGCGGCAGCUUCCCCUGCCACCUCCCUCCGGGUUCUCCGAUGCGGCGAGCCAGCUGGAAAGGGGGCUUCCCCGCGGCCCCACAGGGUUCUAGCGUGUUCCUCUAGCCCCGUGAUGGCCGUGGACAUUGAGUGCAGGUACAGCUGCAUGGCCCCCUCCUUGCGCAGAGAGAGGUUCGCCUUCCAGAUCGCCCCAAAGCCAAGCAAACCUCUGAGGCCUUGUAUUCAGCUGAGCAGCAAGAAUGAAGCCAGUGGGACGGUGGCUCCGACGGUCCAGGAAAAAAAGGUGAAGAAGCGGGUGUCCUUCGCCGACAACCAGGGGCUGGCCCUGACGAUGGUCAAAGUGUUCUCCGAGUUCGAUGACCCAUUAGAUAUUCCGCUGAACAUCACCGAGCUCCUGGACAGCAUCGUGAGUCUGACAACAGCGGAGAGUGAGAGUUUUGUGCUGGAUUUCUCGCAGCCAUCAGCAGACUACCUGGACUUCAGAAAUCGGCUUCAGACCGACCACGUGUGCCUGGAAAACUGCGUUCUAAAGGACAGGUCCAUUGCAGGCACCGUGAAGGUGCAGAACCUCGCGUUCGAGAAGACGGUGAAAGUCCGGAUGACCUUUGACACCUGGAAGAGCUUCACAGACUUUCCCUGUUGGUACGUGAAGGACACGUACGCAGGUUCAGACAAGGACACGUUCUCCUUUGACAUCAGCUUGCCUGAGAAAAUUCAGUCUUAUGAGAGGAUGGAGUUUGCCGUGUGCUACGAGUGCAAUGGACAGACGUACUGGGACAGCAACAAAGGCAAAAACUAUAGGAUCAUCCGAGCGGAGCUGCAGUCUACCCAGGGUACAGCCCAGCCAUCAAACGGACCAGAUUUUGAAAUAGCCUUUGACCAGUUUGGAAGCCCUCGGUGUUCCUACGGUCUGUUUCCGGAGUGGCCUAGUUAUUUAGGAUACGAGAAGCUUGGGCCAUACUACUAGUAACAGCCUGGGAUGGAGCCAGGCUCAGUGGGCACCGAUGAGCCGAGCUGCAGUCAUCCUGAGAUGGAGAGGGAAGCCUAGAGAAGAGCUGAACUGCCAUCAGACACAGUUUUGAAAGCAAAGGAUCCUAGUUACUUUUCUCCUUCAAUCAGCCAAGACAGCCAGGCUUUGAUCACAGAACUGGGUUCUCACUUGGAGGAGAUGGCUGUGCUGGUCCGUUUGGCAAUGAGGGUCUGUCUGAGCAGGAUGAUGCUGGAAAGAGUCUGGACAGGACCCAGGCUUGUGGGCAGCCCUGGCCAGGCCAGAGGAUGUUGACUCAGUGAUAAGGAGUCCCUCUCCCCUUGGGUGUGGGAAGUCAGUCCCCUGGCAAGCCCUCGGUCCUCCCCGUGGCCCCUCUUCUGGGGGUCUUCGCCACCCAGCCAGGGCCUUCUCACCUGUUGCAGCUGCCCUGUGUCUACAUGGGCUUUACACUUUAUCUCUGCAUUUUUGUGCACUUGGUUUUCUUCCACAGUUCAGCUGAUGUUCAGGAAAAGAGGAUACAAGCCAAUCAACUUGUGAUGGAGACGGGCAUUUUCUCUUUCUGACCCCGCUCUGACGGCCCAGCAGAGGAUGACACACCAGCUAUGGGAAGUCAGCUGGCUCCUGGGCGGUGUCACCAAUGGCGCACUAGGCUGAUGCCAGCAGGACAGGCAUGAGUGGGACACUUAGCUUCUCUUCUUGGCUUUGGAGGAGCUUUCUAAGCCCUCACUCUUACCCUGAGUUACUGGACAGCUUGGUUACAAGACUUGUUGUAACUUGCUCAGCUGGCUUGCCCGUGUCUCUUUCUUCACAAAAGGAUUUUAGAAUCUCUUUUCCUGGAGAGUCAUCAUUUACGCCAUGUUUGGGACGUUUGGAUUUGCAGAUUCAAUAUAUCCUCCACACCUCCAGAAAACAUUUGGUUGUAUUUUGACUGUGAUUUACAACAUCCACGUUGUAAACAACACCUUACCAGCCCUCACGGACUUUGAUUUGGUUGUUCUUAUUUAUGGUGUGUGGGUGUGGAAAGGGAUGGGGAGAAAAACCUCACCAAGUUCGCAGAUUUGACUUUUACUGUUUGCCAACUCUGAAAUAUCAUAGACUCAUUGUUCUUAAACACAUUGGACUAAAGCAUUAAAAGUCUGUUGGUUCACAUUGUUGUGAGAUUACUGGGACUUUCCUCAUCCGAUGGAUCCCCAAACCCUGUGAUUUUUCUUGGGCAAGAUUCAUUGGUACUUGGGAGUGUUUAAAAAGUACUUUUAUAUGUGUAUUUGUAGAAGGUUUGGGUUUUGUUUUUAUUUUCAGAACUUAAUUAAAGGACCGCCUCGUUUUU